UUGCGAUCCACCGCGCCCGUCUUCCCCCACCUCAUAGAAUACGGAUAUCAGACCGCUGAAACGAUGUUUACGGUCUUCCGCCCGACAGCUUCCAUACUCUUCAAGUCCUCCUCCUCGCUACUCAAGAAGGCGGUCAUACCUACAUCUGGUAAACCACGCAUCGCACCGCUUGUUCGCAGCAUGCCCCUCAUGACGAUCAACCAAUCGCUUCGGGGAACGUUGAAGGAACAUCAGAUCAUUCCCGAUGUUGUCGACGACUUCACGCCCACCGCACUCCUCUCGGUUGAGUACCCCAAGGGCAAGACCGUCUCCCUCGGCAACACGCUCGAUCCCGACGCAACACAGGAGCAGCCAUUCAUCCGCAUAGCUCCCGACGGUGACGGGGCGGCCACCUACACCGCUGUACUAACCGACCCUGACGCGCCCUCCCGCGACGACCCCAAAUGGUCCGAAUUCUGCCACUGGAUCAUAACCGGGCUCAAGGCGGAGUCGGCAAUGGAGGUGAGCGUCGACGUGUCCAAGGCAAAGCAGAUCGUAAAGUAUAUGGGCCCGGCACCACCGGAGAAGACGGGAAAGCAUAGAUAUGUAUUUUUGCUGUACAAGGACGGGAAGACGGGAGAGAUGGAGGGGCCCAAGGAGAGGAAGAAGUGGGGGAAUGAGGAGCAGAGGCAUGGCGUCAGUCAGUGGGCUGCCAAGUACGAUCUGAAGCUUGUUGGUGCGAACUUCUUUUUUGCGCAGAAUAAGGAGCAGUAGACCGGCUUUUGGGUUUCGUCCUGGAGGGAAAGCUCGGAUCAACUCCAACUGCACAGGGUGGUAUGUGCGGAGAAUGAAUCCAUGUCAAUGCUUGUCUUUUACGGGUCCAAAAAUCGCAGUAUUUGUCUCUUGCAACUGUGCCGAGUGAUGCAUCAUGUUACCGGACGGCUCCCGAGUUCGGAUUUCCAAACCGGCGGGCAAGGGAAAGGAAUCGCCUUGAUAAUAACAUAUCAAAAGCGAGAUCAAAGAAAUAAAGCACCUGCCUGCUUCGACAGCGC